UGGUGGGCUGGUUGCGCGGUUUGGAAAUGUUUUGGGAUUGUGUGGUUGUGAUCCGUUUUUGCUGCGGGAUGGGUGACGGAUGGUUCUGAACACUUUCAUGCUGUGGUUAGGAUUGGCAGAGUAAUUAUAUGCGUAUUGCUGUUUCACCCGCAUUUUCUUCGUUGGCUGCGCAUUGUAGUCGAGGGGGAGAACUCGAACCAAUGCCUCAUAAUUGUUUCUCCAUGAGUUGGUGGCUUGUAUGUUUACUUGCGCAGCCAGCCAUAGGACGCUGAUAGCUGAGACGACUUCUGGUCCGCCGAGGCAAGCGAAGAGUGACCCCCUUCAGCCUCGAGACACAGGUGGUGACCCGAUGUCAGGAGCCACGGACAGCCGGGUGCCGGCUACCGGCGACGCCGAGCCGACCUCGGCGUCGACCCCGGCCGUGACCCCGGCUGUGACCCCGGCGCCGGCCGGUGGCACGCCGGCCCGGCCGGCCACGCGCCGCUCACCGCAGGACUAUAGAUUCGGCAAGGAGAUCGGUUGUGGCAGCUUCUCCACCGUCUACAUCGGCAAGGACAUACACAUCGACCGCGAAGUGGCCAUCAAGGUGUGCGAGAAGCGGCACAUCAUCAAGGAGCGCAAGGCCGAGUACGUGAAGCGCGAGCGAGACAUCCUCAACCACCUGAGUCAGCACGCGCGCCGUGACUGCCCCUUCUUCGUGCGGCUCUUCUGCACGUUCCAGGACUCGGAGCGACUCUACUUUGUGCUGACGCUGGCCAAGCGGGGCGAGAUGCUGGAGCACCUGACCAAGGUGGGCACCUUCGACCUCGCCGUCAGCCGGUUCUACGCCGCCGAGCUGGUGCACGCCGUGGAGCACCUGCACCGGGUCGGCGUCAUACACAGGGACUUGAAGCCGGAAAACGUCCUGCUGGACGAGCAGAUGCACAUCAAGAUCUCGGACUUCGGCUCGGCCAAGAUGGUGACGCGGGAGGAGGGGCGCCAGCUGAUGCAGGGACGCCUCGGCCUGGCCGACGCCGCCGACGACUCCGACGCCACCAACGUCGCCAACGCCGCCAACGCCGCCAACACCGCUGGCGACGACGGGCCGGCCGCCGACCCGGAGCGUCCGGCGCGGGCCCGCACCAACAGCUUCGUCGGCACGCCCGAGUACGUGUCGCCCGAGCUGCUGCAGGAGAAGACGACCUCGCACGCCAGCGAUCUCUGGGCGCUGGGCUGCAUCCUCUACCAGAUGGUGGCCGGCCUGCCCCCCUUCCGCUCCAGGAGUCAGUACUUAAUAUUUAAGAAGAUCCUGGCGCUGGACUACGUCAUCCCGGACGACGGCUUCCCAGAGGAGGUGGCUGAUCUCGUCCGGCGCCUGCUGGUGCUGGAGCCGGCCAAGCGUCUGGGCGCGGACGACUCCGGAGACGGCUACCCGUCCAUCAAGGCGCACCGCUUCUUCGCCGGUGUCGAGUUCAGCAGCCUCCACGAACAGACCCCGCCCGAGAUCUACCCGUUCCUGCCGGGCAACCAGGAGCACCCGGAGCUGCGCAGCACGUACAGGGUACCUGACGACCUGGAGCCCGGGCUGUCGGACCGGCAGCUGACCAAGGUGCUGCUCAACAUGUCGCUGGAGGAGUGCCAGCCGUUGCAGCAGUCGCCGGCGCCGGCCGUCAGGACCAAACGCAACAUCGCUGAUGUGCCGCCGGACGAGGCCGCCCGCCGCCUGGCCGAGCAGGAGCGUGACAACAAGUGGCAUCGCUUCACGGAGGGGCACCUCAUCCUCAAGCAGGGCCUCAUUGACAAGCGGAAGGGCCUGUUCGCCCGGCGCCGCAUGUUCCUGCUGACGGAGGGGCCUCACCUCUUCUACGUGGACCCGGUGCACAUGGUGCUCAAGGGCCAGAUCCCCUGGUCGCGCCACCUGCGCCCGGAGGUCAAGAACUUCAAACACUUCUUCGUGCACACGCCGGGCCGCACCUACUACCUCGAGGACACGGACGGCUACGCGCUCGAGUGGGUGAAGGCCAUUGAGGAGGUGCGGCUGCACGCGUAUGGCGAUUGACGCCGGCUCCCCGCUAGCUGCUGACGCUGGCGGGCCGGCUCCCGCGGCCACGGCCGAGACGGCGCGCCCCCGCCGCCGAGGGCCGCUCGGGUCGGCCGGGCUGCGGCGGCGCGGCGCGGCGGUCUCCGGACACCCCCGCGGCGGCGGGUGACGGGGCACGGGUGGGCGCGCGAGCUCCGGAGCAGGCUCGGUCGUGCCGUCAGAGGGCGCGGUGGGGGCGGCCGGUCCCGGCUGCACCCGGCGCAGCCAGGCGAAAUUGUACAUACAUGCAUUGACUACACGCAUUGACUACGCGUAUGAAUAGCGUCUUUCCAGUUGUUGCGCGCCGUAGUGGCCGUGUUGGCGGUGCCGGGCGCCGGGCGCCGAUCUGUGAGGCUCGACGCGCUCUCUGCGGCGCGCCCCUGUCGGUGUCAUCCACGCGCUGUGUCGGUCUCCAACGCGCAAUCUCUCACCUUCCGAACCAGUCCCCUCGAAACACAGCCGAGCGUACAGCGCUCUAGCGCUGAUGCUGCACAAUGCAACUGCGCCGCGUCUUGUCGCGGUUAGCCGUCGUGGUCGCCUGCCCGCGGGCUGGCACCGCCGGAUGCCUGGUUAGAGGCUAGAGUUGGCGGGCGUCAUAGCCUCGUGGCGGCUGGCGCCGCGCGCGGGGUUGCGACGGCGGCGGCUCGUGUCGCGUGACCGACCUGUCUCGCGUGUCGGGCGCCGAUUGGUGGACGGGAUGGCGGAAGCCACUGACUUCACUUGCUUCACUGUAGCCUCUAUCGAGGCGUGUGCAAUAGCGGGAUUUCGUGGAGCUCAGUCCGCGUGCUGUUUUCACCGUGUGUCCUCCCUCUGUCCGGCCGAGUCGAUAGUGACAAAUAUGUGAGCGAAGUGCUGUUACCAGAAGAUGAGGCGAGCAAUGCAGGGGGGUGCGCGCUGCUGGUGUCAGCAGUCGCCCUGGCUUCCGACCGACCCUGGGCUGCCUGGACGGUGGAAAUGUGCGAUACAAGAAGUUGUGUAGAGGUCGGGGAGUUAUGUGCGUCAGUUGGUCGUUGGCUGGCCGUGGGGAGCGUAUAGCGAUGGAGGUAUGCGCGCGUUCUCGCGUAACUCAUACUUUUCCGAACCAUUUGCGUUCUGCGUUUAUGCGAAUGGGGUGACGUGAACAUACUGUCGCGAAAGUGCGAGACUCUGUACCGAUUUGUUGUCAGUGAUGCCGAAACUGCACAGUCCACCGCGUUCUUUAUUCAUGGAAACCUCGCAAGAAUGACGUGAACUCUCUCUCAUAUUCGCCAGAGCGUGGAUUCUGCGCCAUAUUGGGCGUCUUCGGCGCGACAAGCGUGGGCGAUUUGGGGGUUGUGGCGACAUGGUAUCUUACGCACGGAUGGCGGGACGGUGCGAGGAGCAGCGACCGGUCCCUGAGACUGGUGAGAUGCAGCUCUCUCUGGUGAGAGCGGCGACUGGUGAGAUGGAACUCGGAUUUCGGCCGGCCGCACGCGCCGGCUGUUGUACCUAUUUAUUUAACCGUCUGGAAAUACAAGUGGAGCGAGUGCCGUU